AUGGCUUUCGAUGCUAAAUACUUUAAAAAAACGGGUUAUUCAUUUACAAAAGAGACACGAUGUAAGCGUAUGGUACAAAAGUUUUAUCCUAUUGGUACUGCAUGCAUUCCAGAUGAGGAUUCAGAAGCGAUUAAAUUAGAUAAUAAGAUAUCAGAGGCAUUAUGUAAUAAAGUAUGCCCCAAGGUUCAGAACUUACUGAAAGUAAUUUUUAAUGUCAAGUCGAUUUCAGCCACUAUGAUGGAGCUUCAGGUUGAUGGAGCAAAAUUGCCUCUGAAUAAUCUUACGGCUGAAAGAAUAAUGAAAGCAAUAAAAAUAAUUCAUCAACUCGAAGCGCUUUCAACUAAAACUGAUUUAAAAAAGCAAGAAAGACUACGCAAGGUUACAAAGUUGAAGCAGAAAUUUUAUGGUAUUCUUCCUAUGGAAUUAAGUGUUCAUGGUUGUCGUGCGUUCGAUGACGUAUCUGAUAUGCGAAAGAUAAAAAAUACGUUUAAGCAUAUUUUCGACAUUUCAGUAGCUUAUGAUCAGAUUCAAAAAGUUGAAAAUGUUAAAAAAGAUCCAAUUUACAAAUUAUAUCAGAGCUUAAACACAGAACUAGAGCUGGUAGAAAAAGAUAGUGAAGAAUUUAAUAUGAUUGUAGAAUACGGUAGCAAAACCUGUGGAGCACCUAGAGAGCAGUAUUACCAAUUGAAAAUUGAAGAGAUAUAUAAGAUAAAGAAUCAUGAAAGCCACAAAAAGUACGAAAAAUUUUACAGGUUGGGUAAUCGAAUGCUGCUGUGGAAGGGAAAUCGUUUAAUUAAUUAUGGUCGAAUAUUCAAAAAAGGUAUCCAACCAAUGGCAGCAAUCGGCUACCUAAGCUGGAAAAAUAAUAAUUUAGAAAAAGGAAUUGAUUUCUCAGAUAUGAUGUGGAAGGCAGUGCUAGAUUGCGAAGCUACUUAUACAAAUUCUACUGGAUUACUAUUACUGUGUGAAGUCGCCCUCGGCAGAACCUCAGAUGACCUGUCGGAUGUUAAUAAGACACACUCAACAGCUGAUAGUUUUAAAUAUAUCGGUCAGGUAGGACCAGAUCUAUCUGGAAAUAUAAUACUUGAAAAUGAAGUAAUUAUGCCAGUAGGAGACAUUGACAAAUCUAAUUACUAUGGGAACACAAACCAGUAUCCUGAUAUACUAUAUGUUUGA